AUGGCAUCUAUAAGGAGUGUAAGCUAUCAACCAGAGCAAAGGAAUAGACACUCCACAGUAAAAAUAGGAGACUACCUAUAUAUGUGGGGUGGGUACCCGUCUGGAGUACAUGAAACUGAUGAGAGUGAAAAGAAGAAAGCAAUUGCAUCAUUAAUGGAGGUGUAUCACUUACCAUCUGGUAUAUGGCAGCAAAGGCCAACCAGUGGUACCCCUCCACCAGGUGUAUGGGGCCAUUCGUCUAUUGCAAUUGGGAGGGAUAUUUAUUACUUUGGCGGUGCUUGUGGUGGCUAUUAUAAUAGCUUGUACUGCUUUAAUGUGGAUUCAUUCAACUGGAGAGAACUCUCCCCGUCUAGUUCUGCUCACGGUCCAAUGAUGAAGGCCCACUGUGGAAUGGUAGCAGUACAUUUUCAUCAUGAAGACUACCUUGCCAUAAUUGGAGGAAGAACAUCAUCUUAUGCACCUAAACAACCUAAUGCACGUUAUGAAGAUGCUGGCUUUGGUUCUUCGACAU